UUAAGAGUUAUAGUACAUUAUUUAGUUUUAAUAGUAAAAUAGCUUUUUGAGAUAUCAGGUUCAGUUGAAUGAUAACGACUUUAUUGUAAAAUUAGUACCUCCCUUUGGGUUUAUCAUGGCUACAUUACCGGUAGAUCUAGAGCUGAAAAAGGCUUUCCAGGAAAUGCAGAUUAAAAAAAUUCAAACUAGCCAGCAGCUGAAAAUUGCUGACCAACAGGUCGAAGCCUUGAAGAGAAAAAUUGCUCAUUCUCAACUUGUGGACAAAGAAAUUGCAUCUUUACCAGAAGAGACUCGUGUUUAUGAAGGAGUGGGUAGAAUGUUCCUGCUUAUGUCUAUACCAGUUGUUCGUGAAAAUCUGGCAAAGAAAAAAGACCAAGCAGAAGAUAAAAUAAAAACCAUUGAAACUAACAAGGAGUAUUUGGAGAAGAGUCUGAAAGAAAACGAGCAAAAUCUGAGAGAGCUGGUUCUCAGCAAGCAGCAGCAGCGGUAGCAGAGGCAUAGUCAAACUCCCCAUCCUGCUUUGCAGUUUCAGUAUUUAGGCUUUUCUGCCAAAUGCAGCCAUGCUUAUGCACUUUGGUCUUCAAAGGAGUGAAUCUGAAAACUUCCAUACAAAGAUACAUAGCGAACAUUUAAAUGUGGCUUUCUCCUGAGUAGGUUUUAUUUAAAACAUCGGGCAUCACCUUUUGAGAUGUGAACUUUUAGUUAUGAAACACGAAAGCUCAACGCAACAGGAGUAUUGCAUGGUCAGUGACAUGAAGUUUUAGCUGAAAUUGUUAAAAAUGGCGAUCUUCUGAUUUUGUAAAAAGUUUGUGAGGAUGAUGAUAUUCAUUCAUAAUUAAGUGCAUUUUAAAUUAAAAUCAUGCUUUUGACCUCAUUGUAUGCAUAGAAAGCAUGUACCUCAUUUUUGUAUACAGAAGUUACAUACCUCUUCAGUGAUCAAGGGUUAAUUGCUUAGAUUUAAAGAUUUUGCAAACUAAACUCGGUCAUUUUAAAAGAAAUUUUGCCUUUUUUGGUCUUUCAUUUGCUCUUGGACACCUGAGCAAAAGAAAGCAAAAGGCAGAUCAACAACAACAAAAAAAAAAGUGUGUGAUAUCUUGAAAUCAUUUAAUUUUUUUUUAAACAUGAAUGUUGAACAAAAAGUGCACCCCAUCACACUUAUUUCUACAGUCAUAAGUCAACUGGCUGCAGUGGAUGACAUAAAAGUAACAAAUGUAUAGAAAACACUAUAAUUCAGGAAUUCUGCACAUCAUUGUCACCCACUCUUGAAAACUGACUGCAUGGCAAAAGUCACAGUUCUGGAGGCUUAUGGGAGAAAUGCUGAGACUGAUAGAAAUACAUUUUUCUACUUUAUUUGAUAAAUUACUCAUUUGCCUUUUGUGCAUAUUUUUGUUUUCACCAGUGUACAUUUGGUGUAAAAUUAAUAAAACUUAUUUCAAAAU